AUGACAGAGAAAGAGAUUAAUAAGAAGAACCUUGCAAGCUGCAGACCGCCUCGACUCGUCCUCCCCACGCUGCGAUUUUCCCAGCUGUCUGGACGGACUCUGAUGAGGCACGUCUUGUGUCCAGCAGAGAGUGUCAAGCUGCCAGAGGGAGAUGAGGUGGAUUGGUUCAGUGUGACGGCAAGCUGUAACCAGUGGUUUCACCAAGUGGCCAGUGGUUGCGUACUGAUGGUGGACAGCCUCUCUGACAUGGUGCUACGUGGACAAGCCGUUCAAGUCCACCUGGAACCUUUAGACAGGCUGGAGUCUUUAAUGGUAGAAGUGCAGGAAUGGAAAGAAUCUGCAGCUACAACUUUUCUUCAGAAAGACUCAACUCUUACCUUGCUGGAGGUUCUGUGUCCAAGAUGUGAAGUUGGAAAUGUACGCUCUCCAAAGAGGAAGGCCAAGAAAGGGAAAGAAUCACCUAAAAGUAACAAAAAGAAAACGCUGAGGCUCAACACUCUCACUGAAGUGGAAAAAGCGCUUUCAGAGACCAAGGAUUCUACCUCUGCGAUGGCAACUCUGGAGGAGCUGCAGGUUCGGGAGAUGGAGGCUUUCUCUAAUCUCAGGGCAGCAAAUGAGUCAAAGCUCCUUCCCACAGCAGACUGCAUGGACCUAAAGGUGUGUGUCUGUCAGAAGGCGCCCAUGGGUGCGAUGCUGCAGUGUGAACUCUGCAGGGAUGCCUUCCACAGUGUGUGUGUCAGAGAGGCAUCAGACUCCUGCGAAACACAGCCAUGGCUCUGUCCGUAUUGCCAGCGAUCAGAAAAACCACCCUUGAACAAAGUCCUCUCCCUGCUAUCGUCUCUGCGGCGCAUUGGAGUGCGCCUGCCGGAGGGCGACGCUCUGCACCACCUGGUUGAGAGGACAGUUAACUGGCAGCACCGAACACAGCAGAUCUCACAGACAUGUAACCUACCAGAGCUGGAAGAGAGACCAGGAACUCCUCCCACCCUGACAUGCUGGGUUUCAGGCAGCAAUGACACUCACAACAACACUCAGGCUCCUUGCUUGACUCCAGAGUGGAAUAGGACAAGCCAUUCUCAGACUGUCUUCUACACCGAACAGAGAUGCAUACCACUGCAGGGCUUGAGUCAGGAGCUGGAGGAGCUGAUGGUGGAGGGGCUCCUGCUGCAGGUGUCUCUGCCAGAGGUUCAGAGCCUCUACCACAUUUUACUGGACAGAGCCACAAGCGAGCACAUAAACAGAUGCAUGUUGCCACCACAGGACGAGUCCACAGACUGUGACAAACACAUGCAGUUUAACUCUCAGGGAAAAAAUCUGCCACUGGACCAGGAUGGUGUCAACGCCAUGAGGGAAACCAUGACUGGCUCAGAAAAGAAAACGAAGCGGCAUCUGGAGAGGGAAGGUUUAGAUGCAGAGCGCAGGCUGAAGGACAAAAAACACUCUCACAAAAGACAGAAGAUGAAUAAGAAGAACCUGCAGCGCAGACCAGCCUCGACCUCGUCCUCCCCACGCUCGGAUUUCUCCCAGUCUGACGACUCUGAUGAGGAGAUGGCUGUGUGUCCAGCAGAGAGGUGUCAGCUGCCAGAGGGAGAUGAGGAGCUCAUUGAGGUGGUGGUUCGGGGCAUCUUGGUGGAGGAUUGCCUCCUGCGACGGCGCUCCCCGGGGGAGGGUUUUUCGGGCAUGUCCACCGGGAGCGAGACCUCGAGGUCGACCAAGGACACGCUGGAGGGAUUAUAUCUCGCGGCUGGCCUUGGGAACGCCCUCGCGGAUUCUCCGGGAGGAACUGGCUUGAGUCAGGAGCUGGAGGAGCUGAUGGUGGAGGGGCUCCUGCUGCAGGUGUCUCUGCCAGAGGUUCAGAGCCUCUACCACAUUUUACUGGACAGAGCCACAAGCGAGCACAUAAACAGAUGCAUGUUGCCACCACAGGACGAGUCCACAGACUGUGACAAACACAUGCAGUUUAACUCUCAGGGAAAAAAUCUGCCACUGGACCAGGAUGGUGUCAACGCCAUGAGGGAAACCAUGACUGGCUCAGAAAAGAAAACGAAGCGGCAUCUGGAGAGGGAAGGUUUAGAUGCAGAGCGCAGGCUGAAGGACAAAAAACACUCUCACAAAAGACAGAAGAUGAAUAAGAAGAACCUGCAGCGCAGACCAGCCUCGACCUCGUCCUCCCCACGCUCGGAUUUCUCCCAGUCUGACGACUCUGAUGAGGAGAUGGCUGUGUGUCCAGCAGAGAGGUGUCAGCUGCCAGAGGGAGAUGAGGUGGAUUGGGUUCAGUGUGACGGCAGCUGUAACCAGUGGUUUCACCAAGUGUGCGUUGGUGUUACAGCUGAGAUGGCGGAGAAGGAGGACUACAUUUGUGUCAGGUGUACACUGAACGACGGACACAUGAGGAAAUAAAUGAAGAGAAAGCGGAGAUUUUUCAGAAGAAUGGCUGAAGAGGCCUGUCUGUCGUCAGCCCGUUAUUGGAGCCACCAGUCUGGAUGUGUCACUGAUCCUGUACCCACCC